CCAAACCGAAACACAGUGAUCGAUGAAGCGUGGUGUGGAACCGAAAUGAGUUCGUAAAACGCAGUAACUCUGACAUCCUGGAUAUGCUCACCAUAAUGUGGGUGGCGGGGCUCAUCUUCGUUGCCAUCCUGCUGCUUCUCGCGUACCUCGACACAAGAAAACCGAGGAACUUUCCACCAGGUCCGAGCUGGUGGCCGGUGGUGGGCAGCGCGCUCGCUGUCAACAAGCUGCGCAAGCAGUCCGGCUACCUGUACGAGGCGACUGCGGAGUUGGGCCGGCGCUACGGCCCGGUGGUGGGGGUGCGCGUCGGCAAGGACCGGCAGGUGGUGCUGUGCAGCUACCGCGCCAUCCGCGAGAUGCUCACCAGGGAGGAGUUCGACGGGCGCCCGCAGGGGCCCUUCUACGAGACGCGCACCUGGGGCGUCAGGAGAGGAGUGUUGUUGACAGAUGAGGAGUUCUGGCAGGAGCAGCGGCGCUUUGUUCUGCGUCACUUGCGUGAAUUUGGCUUUGGGCGGCGCACCAUGGCUGAGUUGGUUGAGGCAGAGGCUGGUGAACUGGUGGCUGCUAUGCGGUCCCGCGUGGGCACUCAGGAAACAGGAGCAGUUGUUGCCAUGCAUGACGUCUUUGGUGUCUACGUACUUAACACACUGUGGUCCAUGCUUGCUGGGAUUCGAUAUAGUGCUGACGAUCUUGAACUUAAGCGUCUGCAGGGACUUCUGACAGAGCUGUUUGCUAAUAUUGACAUGGUGGGUUGCCUGUUCAGCCAGUUCCCAAUGCUGCGAUUCAUUGCUCCUGAACUCUCUGGCUACAAGCAAUUUAUUUAUAUUCAUCAAAAAGUAUGGGAAUUCCUCAAGGCUGAACUUGACAAACAUAAAGCCACAUUCAAGCCAGACCAAGACAGGGAUUUCAUGGAUGUCUAUUUGAAGACAUUGCUGUCAGAUAACUCAAAAACAAGUUUUUCAGAAUCACAGCUCCUGGCAAUUUGCAUGGAUAUGUUCAUGGCAGGCUCAGAAACAACCAGCAAGUCCCUUGGAUUUGGCUUUUUGUAUCUUCUGCUUUAUCCUGAAGUGCAAAGAAAGGCUCAAAAGGAAAUAGAUGCUGUUGUUGGACGAGACAGGUUACCACGGCUCAGUGACAGACCGAACAUGCCAUACAUGGAAGCCUGUAUGCUGGAAUCUGUUCGCAUGUUUAUGGGCCGCACAUUCAGUAUACCUCACCGUGCACUAAAAGAUACUGAACUUUUGGGAUACAGUAUACCAAAGGAUACUAUGGUGAUAUGCAACUUCCACUGCACUCUCAUGGACAAAGAAAUAUGGGGAGACCCGGAGGCUUUCCGCCCAGAAAGGUUCAUUGAUGCUGAAGGAAAAGUUGUGAUACCUGAAGAAUACACGCCAUUUGGAUUUGGAAAGCAUCGAUGUAUGGGAGAGACUCUAGCAAAGUCAAACGUCUUCAUAUUUAUGUCAUCACUGCUACAGAACUUCAAUUUUGAAGUGCCACCAAAUCAAGUACCUCCAUCCACUGAUGCCAUUGACGGUGUUACACCAUCACCUCGUCCAUACAGUGCUCUUGUCAAGUUGAGAUCAUGA